CGCUCCGACCUCGGGCCGGUGUCGUAGAGGGGCUGGCGGGACAGAGGGAGGAGCCAGUCUGUCUGUCGGGGUCCGGGCCAGGUCGGUGGCAAGGAGGAAGGAGUGGGUGGAGCUGGGGCGGGGCCGUCCCUGCACUGUCCCUGGCUCGCUAGCUGGCCCAACUCGCCGCUCGUCCGUCCGGGGACAUGACGGGCAGGCCUGGCGCAGCUGCCUCCCGGGGUGGUGAGGCCCCCGAGCACUCCCCGCCCUGCAGUCCGAGCUUCGAUCUCACGGGCAAGGUGAUGCUCCUGGGAGACUCGGGCGUCGGCAAAACCUGUUUCCUGCUCCAGUUCCGAGACGGGGCCUUCCUGUCCGGGACCUUCCUCGCCACUGUCGGCGUAGACUUCAGGAACAAGGUGGUGACUGUGGACGGUGCGAGAGUGAAACUGCAGAUCUGGGAUACCGCGGGGCAGGAGCGCUUCCGCAGCGUCACCCACGCUUACUACCGAGACGCCCAGGCCUUGCUGCUGCUCUAUGACAUCACCAACAAAGCUUCCUUCGACAACAUCAGGGCCUGGCUCACCGAGGUGCACGAGUACGCCCAGAGGGAUGUGGUGAUCAUGCUGUUAGGCAACAAGGCGGAUGUGAGUAGUGAAAGAGUGAUCCGGUCGGAGGACGGGGAGAUGCUGGCCAGGGAGUACGGUGUUCCCUUCAUGGAGACCAGCGCCAAGACGGGCAUGAACGUGGAGCUGGCCUUCCUGGCCAUUGCAAAGGAGCUGAAGUACCGGGCGGGGCGGCAGGCCCAUGAGCCCAGCUUCCAGAUCCGCGACUACGUGGAAUCCCAGAAGCAGCGUCCCAGCUGCUGCUCCUUCCUGUGAUGCCCAGGGGGCUGCGGGGAGGCCACAGGGGCCCAGAGGACACAGCCGUGGCCCCCAGACCGGUUUAUCCUGAGAGGCUGAACGGAGGGAGAGGGAGAGGGGGACCCAGCCCUCAACCCCUUCCCAUGAAGCAGCUGGACUCCAGCGCCCGCCGCGGCUCCUGUGGCUCCCCUGCUUCCCCAGCGAGGGCGCGCCACCUUUCUCUUACUGCGACUUAAUUUAAAACAAGUAACAGGUGGAGAACCAGGACACCAGGACAACGGAGGCGGGGCCCUGGCGGCCCUUCUGCCUUUGAGGCCGAGGGGCUGGGCCUCCCUCCUAGCCGUGGGCAGCACCAGGGACACCGAUGCACUUGUAGGGGUGUGAGGGCAGGAAGUGACCCCGUCAGCAGUCUCACUUUAGCUGGACAGAGGCUGGGCUGACCCCUGGGUGCCGGGAGCCAGACCAUAGCUUCAGGGAAGACCACAGCUGUGGGUUAGGAGGCAGGCGGCCCCCUUGGAGGAGGGGAGAGAAGGAUCAGAGACCAGGGUGUGUCUGUCUGGCCACCUCAGGCGUUACGGAGCCCCUCCCGGGAGGGUGUCCCUUUCCUGGGCCCCUGGGGACCUUGGUUCCUGUCUCUGGACCUCAGAUCCCAGGGGAGCCCCUUCCCCCAGAAUCCCCGUCUUAUCUGCUUUCUGCCUGUGCCCCUGGCCACCAUCCCAGCUUUGGCAGGUGUGCAGUUUGUAGUGCUCAGCUCUCCGGGGUCAAGAACCAGAGAAAGCUCCAGCUCCUGGGGCAGGUGGGGGCAGCAGAAUGGAACAAAGCUUGCCCCUAGCCUGAGCCCUAAACCCAGCCUGACCACUGAGCCCUUUAACUCCUCAGCCGCCAGAGCCCAAACUGCUUUAUUGCCUCUUUGGCUAGAGAGCCGAGGUCAUCCGUUCCUAGGUAAAUCCAUGUGUGCAGAGCAAGGUCAUGGCCACACACUGGGGGCGGGGUGGGCCGGGGAGUAGCAAAGAGUUCAGGCAGGGCCAAGGUCGUGUCUCCCGAGGCCCUGACCCAGCUCCAGGAAGUGAACCUGAGACCAAGAGGUCAUGACCUACAGGUACCCAGACUCCUGCAGGCCAGGGGCAGCCGAGGAGGUGAGAAGCCAAAGUCAGCGCCGGUUCUGAGGCUGCGGCCUUUGCUUUCAAGGCGGAAUCCUGGCGCUCCGACUUGGGCGGAUAAGGAAGCACUCGCCAGGGCACAGCAGGGAGGAGCCUGACCUUGCCAGUCUUUCCUAAGGGCCCACGGCAGCCUGCAGGAGAUCCCGUAGCCAAGACAGCCCGGGGCUCCUGGCGUUUGUGUUUUUGCGGAAUUAAAUCGCAGUGUUUUGGAAACUGCA